UCGAUUCAUUCAUUCCUCAGUUCGUUUCUCAAGCUACGGACUCUCGUACCCCUGACCGGCCAGCCAGCGUCUAACUGCACUGCACGGUACCUGUCCAAGUACCAACUAACCACGCGCCAGGGACGUCCAUCCCAUCACAGCUUGCCAUGCUCCCAUUGAUCGCAAUCUCCACCACCGCUUCCUUCCCCUCCCUCUCCUGAACAAACUUCAAUCCCACUCCUCAUCCAUCCCACCUACAAAAAAAACCAUGUCUGCACCUUGGUGACGCUGCGCCUUUCUUUGAUUCUUUUCUUUUUCUUCUCCGCAUCCUGCCCGCAUCCGCAUUCGGCCCAUCUACACUGCGCCUCCUCGCUGUCUCCACCACGCACGCGGCCCUGCCGCCUCGCCUAGCACCGUCUGACUGUGUCACUGUAAUCAAGCCCCCUCGUUGCCCGGCCUUUAAACAAUGGCCGCGAGCAAUGGAGGACUGCGCACCCAUUACCCAUACGGCGGGGACGCCCUGAGCCCUCGUCCGCUCUACGACAGCUUCCCUUCUCCCACCUCAAACUACCCGUCCCCCGGAAUAGGCCCCGGUGCUGUCUCGCCCAGUUUCUACCCUAUGGCCUACCAGAACAGCCCGCGCUUCGGCGGCAGCGUCUUCAUACCGCCUCCCGACGUCUUCGUUGACGGCCGCAAGGAAUUCGAUCAGGAGAAUGGCCCUUAUGCCGUCAAGCGACCCAUGUCCGAGAUCAACCGCGAUCCCGUCGCUAUGCACUUGCUCGUUGAGACCGCCAUGUCGGAUAGCCAGCGCUUCGAUGUCUUGACCGUGGAAGAGGUGGAAGCGCUGAAGCAGGAGCAGAAGGGCCUGGACACCCGCCUGGGGACCACAAGGAGGAAACUGGAAUCCGAGACCAAGAUUCGCGACGCCGCCCAAUCGCUCACGCGUCUGACGUCGAAGAAGGAUAAGGGACACGUCAGGGGAUUGAGCAGUCGCGGGAGUAAUGCUAAUAGGGAUACAUUGGCCAAGUCUGAGGAAGAGCUGGCCGCAAGCAAUAGGAAGGUCGCCGAUCUCACGCGAGAGGCGUUGGAAAUCGAGUCCCGCAUGCGCUACAUCGACACACAACUGUUAAUGCACACCUCUGCUGUAUUGCAGAUGACACAUCACGGCCCAAGGAGACGCAAAAAUCCGCAGAUACUCAACGAGAACGACCCGAGGCCAGACAGUCCCGCGAGCAUAUAUACAUACGAAAACGAACGGAGCGAUAAAGCUGGGGAUGAUGCGUUUGACGAGAGGAGUCUCUACCGUUCGCCCGAGAAUCUUGACUCCCUCAUGAACGCUCUUCAGAAGGGCACACAUCACCGCACAGAAUCCAUGGAACGCCAGAAUCAGACUUUGACCACCAUGAGCAAGCGGUUGGAAAACCUCAACGAGCGCAUCCGGGAACUUAUUGUCGAAGCGAAUCCUGAGCGGAAUCAACAGUACACACGGCCUCCGUCCAUGCCGAUAGGCGGAACAGUGGACGCUUCCUCUAUAUAUAGGCAAAUGGACUUCUUAGAUCAGGGAUUAAAGAGUGUAGCUACCGAGCAAGCUGAGAAAGGCGCGUCUUCAAACUCGGACCCUGAAGUGCAAGAGCGACUAGAAGGCAUCAACAAUCAGUUAUACGCCAUGCUCAGCAGAUCAGACGACCAGGUGCCUCCGCCCCCAACGGUCGGAGGCGUUCAGGAGCAAUUAGCCUACAUGGAGGAUUCCUUCUACAACAUCUCGCAAUUGCACUACUCGAUGAAUGAGCAUAUUGAGGAUCUGAGAAACAACCCGAGCGGCAACGACGAUGUGGAAAGGUACGAAACCAUGCUCAAGGGGCUUUGGCAGACAAUACAAACCGGCGAAGAAGACGCUCGAGAACGCAAGCGCGAACGUAGAAGACUACUUGCCGAGGAUCCAGACAAUACGGAGGAGCUGUCACCCGAUGAAGACUAUAAUGUCAAUGAACAAUACUCGCUGAUAGCUUUCGAUUCCAAGAUACGACUGUUAUUCCGCCGCGCCAGUUCACUCAAGGACAAGCAAGUCAUUCUUUUGCGCCAGAUCAAGCAGCAGCGCGAACUCAACAACAAAUCUGAUGCGCAAAGAGAAGACCAAGUCAACCGACUCAACGAGCAGGUCCUUACCGCCCGCUCUGAGAAAAAGACCAUGGAAGGCGAGCUCGAUCGAGCAAUGGGCCUCCUCCGCCAAGCCGACGAAAGCAAGAAAGAAGAAGUCACCCUCCGCAACGUCGAAGCCCGCAACACCACUCUCGAAACCGAACUCCGCACCACCCAAGAACGCGCAACGUCCCUCGAAUCGCAACUCGCCGCCGCCCAAGAAUCUGCCCGCGCUGAAGCAGAAGCCAUCCAAGCGGACCUCGCGCAAUCCGCUGCCAAAAUCGACGAAGCAACAUCCGCUCUGCACGCCGCAACCGCCGCCAAGAACGAAGCAGAAGCGCGCGCCACAUCCGUCUCCUCGACUCUCCAAGCGAAAGAAGAAGAACUCGAGACCCUCGAAUCCGAAGUCGUCCGCCUCACCACUGAACUCACCUUCGCCAAAGCCGAACUCGACGGCGCAUACGGCACCCGCGCCGAGCGCGCCGCGGCGUCAGGCGCCCCCGCCAAACAAGAACUCGAAGAGCUCCUCUCUAAAAACGAAGCUCUCGUCGCCGAAAUCUCGGCCCUCCAGAAGCUUUCUGAAGCAGCGUCCCAAUCCGAGCAAGAAGCCCGCGACAGCGAGCGCACGCUCAAAGCCGAACUCGCCGGCAUGGCGACAGACUACGAGACGCUUACGCGCGACGCGAUCCAGAACGAGCGCGAUCGCGAUGGCUUGGAGGCUGCGGUCGAUAAGCUGCGAGACGAGAAGGAGGCGUUGGAGAUGGAGCUCAGCGAUGAGCGCGUCAAGUGGCUCGGACUAAGAAGCCCCAGCGUUGCAGCGGGCGCGAAUGCGAAUGCCGCCCUCGCCAGUCCUAUUCCCCCGGAGAUGGGCGCUACCUCGAUCCGCAUGCUCAGGGAGGAUUUUAGGAAAAUGAUGCGGGAACGGACUGCCGAGGGGUUGAGGGCUUUGAGGACGGAACAAGAAGAACGCCGCAAACUCGAGGCCAUCGUUCGUCAACUCCGCAAGGACGCUGCUUCGUCCUCUUCUUCUACUAUCCCGGCUGCCAGGUCGAACCUUUCGGCUGUUACGCCUGCGCCUUCUUCCACCGCUAUUCCAUCGACACCGCCGUCGGUCAAGGCGUAG